AUGGAUGCACCUGCGCCUGCAGAAAAUGACGCGCUUAUAGUGGCUGGAAAGCGUACACCGCUAGGUUGUUUGGGAGGCGCUCUGGCAGGUGUUUCCGCUGUAACCCUGGGUGCUGCUGCGGUACGAGGCGCCCUCGAGGCCGCCCGCAUACCCGGCGCUCUCGUUGAGGAGUGCUAUUUCGGCUGCGUCCUGAGCGCGAACCUCGGACAGGCACCUGCACGCCAGGUUGCGUUGCAGGCGGGCUUACCGGUGACUUGCUGCUGCACGACCGUGAACAAGGUGUGCGCGAGUGGUGCAAAGGCCAUAGCGCUGGCCGCACAGUCCAUACUUCUGGGGCAGGCUGAUGUAGUCGUCGCCGGAGGCAUGGAGAGUAUGAGUCAAGCACCCUAUUGCAUCGGGAAUGGCGGCUCUGGUGGGCCUGAGGGCGUUCACCGCGUCCGCAUCGGUGGCCUGCGCCUCUUCGAUGCUCAACUCGUUGACAGUAUCAUGCGAGACGGUUUACUGGAUGCAUCACCGGCAGGGAAACCUGCGCGCCCUAUGGGAUGGUAUGCAGAUGCCUGCGCUGUCCAUCAUUCAAUCACCAGGGAGGAACAGGACGCGUACACGUUGGAAAGUUACAGACGCGCCCAAAUGGGCUGGGAAUCGGGUUCCAUGGCCGAAGAAGUCGUCCCUGUCCCGCUGAAUUCAGCAGACAGCGCAUCGAUUGCACGAGAUGAGGAGCCGUGGCGUCUCCAAGCCGACAAGCUACCGCGCUUACGACCGGCUUUUGAUCGAGAGCGAGGCACCGUCACAGCUGCAAAUAGUUCCAAGAUCAGCGACGGUGCCGCUGCAGUGGUGCUGGUCUCGCGCCGCAAGGCUCGCGAACUCGGCCUCAUUUCCGCUGACAGCGCAGCAGCCGAGGAUACGCUUCGUGACGGCAGACGAUCUCGUUCCAUUUUUCAACUCGUUGCCGCAGCUGAUGCUGAGCGUGAGCCUGAAUGGUUCACGCUCGCUCCCGUGACCGCGAUUCGCAAGCUCUUCUCGACUCGCUAUGGACUUGAUGCUAGCGACAUGGCAAAUGUUGAUUGCUGGGAAAUCAACGAGGCAUUCAGUGUGGUGCCUCUGGCAGCGAUCCGGGAGCUGCCUCGGAUUCGUUCCGAACGCCUGAACAUGCGAGGUGGUGCGGUAUCGUUGGGUCAUCCUCUCGGUUGCAGUGGAGCGCGCAUUGUUGUCACGCUGUUAUCUGUUCUAGAGGAGCACCAAUGGGAAUACGGCGUUGCUGCCAUCUGCAAUGGCGGCGGCGGCGCUACUGCGCUUCUCAUUCGGCGACUGGCUUAG